AUGACGAUAAGUAACAUUAAAGGCGAUAAUAGCGAUAUCACCGACGAUAAUACGCCUGCUUUCGAUGACCUCUUUGAUAACGAUAAUGCUAAUCCUGGCCGGAAGGAUAUAGAUAUUAGCUCGAGCGACGACGAUUCCGACCAUAAGUUAGACCUCGAGGAGAUUAAGCUAGUUCGCCCGCGCAAAUUCGGCGGCAGAUACCUACUUCUUAGUAGCGCCCUAGGUAAUUCCGGAGGAGCAGCUCACCGCCGACACCAGGAGCAUAUCGACAAGCUAAUAAACAGUCGCAUCACCGGUAGCAACGAUAAGGACGACAGUUUUAGCGGUACCUAUGCUAAUUAUAGAUUCGACGGGCCGCCCGACUUCGAUUACUCCCGGCCCGAUAGCGACUAUCCGGAGUGGGAUCUUUUCCUCUAUAUCGAACGACUAAUUAAUGAGUACUACGACGGCAUAGAAAGCGGCGAACUCGACGAGGAGAUAGCUAAUAACGAUACUCUUAUUGCUAAUAACGGUAAGAUUAUGACCCCUGUGACCGGAAAGGGGAAGGAGACUGCCGGAACUAAGCGCGAUAAGACUAAGGGUAAAUCCAACGUAGUGCGCAAGACUAAGAACCGCGUUCGAGACGCUGCAAAGGCCUAUAUGAACGGUGGAUACGGCGAGAGUUAG